UGGUUUUGGAGCUCGGCUUGCAAGUGUUUUGCAGUGAUUAUAUUUUUUUAAUCCAACUUCUUUAUUUCUCGUCCAACGUAUAUUGUAUUUGUGUAAUUCUGGUUUCCUCGCUGAGUGGUCCAGAUUUUUUUAAAUUUAAGCGUACAAUGUCGGUGAUCGAGUUCCUGAAGGAUCUUCCAUCUUACGAUGAACACAACUUUACAUUAUACAACACGGAUCAUGGCAUCAGAUACUGCUCUAAAAGACCUUCGAUAUACCUCCCCACUAAGGACAUACCUUCAGAACAGAUAAUAGUAACAGAAAAAACAAAUAUCCUCCUAAGAUAUCUACACCAGCAGUGGGAGAAAAAGAACAACAACUCCCCCAAGAAACGGGACCAGAGCCACCUCGAGCAGAAUGGUGACGAGCCGCGCCCGCGCAAGAGGCCCUGCCUCAACUCCCCGCUCAACUGAAACCUGUAGUGCUUCGGUAUCGAACGUUCAAGUGUACGCAUUUUGUAUUACCGUUUGUAUUCUGCUAUAUCAAAGUGUGGGGGGAGAGGCCCUUGGAUAGUUUUAGCUGUGGACACUACUGAUAUGAUACAAAUAGAAACCUUAAUGCCAGGUUCACACAGAGCUAGUCUCGACGCGAGGCAAAUUCCUCGGCAAACGUGCUACGGCCGAGGCAGCGUGUACAGUCAGCGGCAUAAAUAGCGAUGAUUUCUGUACCUUGUCGCUUUUAAUCGUUUGACAAUUUCGUAUGACAUUUCAAACGAGACGUUAAUGUGACAAGGUACCUAAUAGAAAUCAUCACAUAUGGGCGUGACUGUGCUCGUAUUGUUUGGCGAGCACAUUGCCUCGCGGUUAUAGACCUCUUAAAGAUCUGAUACAUUAAUACAAGCUGUACGCGUAUGGUUAAGAAUGGCUUAAAGAGUUAAGAUAUCAACAAUGUCCACAUGUAAAAUUGUCCAAAGGCAUAAACCUUUCCCCUUAUGAUUUUAUUUUUAAGAGGCAUUGAAGUGCCAUCUUACGAAUAACUUUAUUUUAUAAGUUUUUGUAACAUCCGUCGUCAUCAGAAGACAAGUUUAAGAACAUUUCAUUCCAGUAAAUUGUAAUUAAUUUAAUUACUUAGCAGUAGUAAAUAUUACACUUUUCGGAGUUGUAUCUUUCAAUGCACU